AUGCAAGGUCCCGAACCAACUUUCUUUGUAUCACUAGUAAGCGGUGCCUGUGCUGGAACUGCCACCGAUGUCGCAUUCUUUCCAAUCGACACUAUAAAAACCAGAUUACAAGCAAAAGGUGGAUUUUUUCGUAAUGGAGGCUAUAAAGGUAUUUAUCGGGGACUUGGAUCGUGUGUAAUUGCAUCAGCUCCAUCGGCAUCGCUUUUCUUUGUCACAUACGAUACAAUAAAACGAAAGUUGCAACCUCACGUCUCCUCGCCAAGCUAUCGUCAUAUGAUUGCUGCAUCGGUAGGAGAAAUCAUGGCUUGCAUAGUACGAGUACCAGCAGAAGUUAUCAAACAACGAACACAAGCUAGUCACAUGGGCUUGACCUCGAGUUGGUCCAACUUCAAACAUAUUUUAAUGAACAACAAUCAACAGAAGGGAGUAAUUAGAGGAUUAUAUCGUGGCUGGAACAGUACAAUAAUGAGAGAGAUUCCGUUCACAAUCAUUCAAUUCCCCCUUUAUGAAUGGUUAAAGUCCAAAACAUGGUCAACCAGCAGUGACACCGAUUUGAAACCUGUGUCCAUGGGAUUGAAAGGAGCCGUUUGUGGGAUGGUGGCUGGAGGGGUUGCUGCGGCGCUCACCACACCAUUGGACGUAAUCAAGACAAGAAUUAUGUUGAGUUCAGACAAAGUUAAAUUUGGACACAUGAUCUCGCAGUUGAUCCGAGAAGAAGGUUGGUCCAGUUUUUGGAAAGGUGUGGUGCCAAGAACGUGCUGGAUCAGUUGCGGUGGAGCGAUAUUUUUGGGGUGUUAUGAACUAGUCCGUGAUGAAUUGAUGCGGUUAUGA